ACUCACAUCACCUUUGCAGCAACAUCAUAAUAUACAUACGUACCAAAUGGCUGACUAUGUUCAAUUCCCCUUCUACCCACCACCCUCCGAUCAACAUCCCCACCCUUCUCCAUUCCCAGCUCCACCGCAUCACCCGCUUCAACCACCGCCUCCUUCUUCCUACAUUUCCCCACCUCCUCCGCAUCACCCACUUCAACCCCCGCCUCCUUCCCACUUUGUUCCUCCACCACCACCUACUCCUCAUUUCCCACCGCCACCUUAUCCUCGUCCCCAUCAUCCACCCCCUCCACCUCACGUUCUUCCACCACCACCACCACCACCACCGGGGCACCAUUCAACUGUUAUAGUUGUGGUUGUUGUCUCUCUUGGCGGUUUGUUUUUUCUUGCGUUCCUCGCUGCUGCUCUGUUCUGCUGUGUCAAGAAAAGAAGACGGUCUUCUCAGAAGACUGAAAUCACCAAGUUUGAUGAACACCUCAAAGUGGAAGAAGUCAUAGUUCCAGGACCCCAUGGCGAACCACCCAGAGUGGUCAUGCUUGAAGAAGACAUUCAUUUGGAAGCGGAUAUUCUCAAGUCUGAAAAGCUUAGCAGAGCUCCUCACCUUCAUACAACCGGAGGACACGCAAUUGAUAUAUCAGAGCCAAAUCAUCACCUUACUGAGCACAAGUCCUAACUCAGGAGACCGGAAACAAAGAAAGAUAUAUAUCAUCAGGCCUAAAUGUAAUCAAUCAUCUAUUCCACCAUCUAAUGAAUAAUGACAAUUUAUGUUAAUCAAAAUCUUCAAAUCCAAAAGUUUAUAGCACUC